AUGAUGGAGCAGGCUAUUAGAUCCCAACCCGAUAUUUUCGUGACACCUGAGCAGCUUCAACUAGCACCAGGACCCAGCGCCGAGGUUGAGCUAGUUGAAGCUCUUCUUGAGCCUCCAGAGCCCGCAUCUCCCGCAGUCGAAGAACCCGCAAACCCCGUUGCCGCCUGCAACGGAAAAUGCAAAGGAGAUCUAAACGGCCCACACAGCUGUCAACGUCUCGGAAGACUUCAAAUCACUUGCCUCAACGAAAACUGUGCAGACCAUGCUACUUCUACUACGAUGAAUGACUUCAACCGCCGCUGUAGGACGAAACAUGGCCUCAAAAAUUCGCUGGUUGAUUGUGAAUUUGCCGGGUGUAAAAGGGUUGGUGAAGAAGGGUUUUCCCGGAGGGACAAUAUGUUGCAACAUUUGAGAAAGGCGCAUGGACAGGUGGUCCCUGUUGUCCAGUACAGAUUUGGCAUCUAA